UUUUUCCAACUUUCAGAAGAAGAAAAAAAAAAGACAUCCUCAUCAUGUUCUGUCCAUCAUAAGCUGUCUUUCAAUCUUCGUUUUCAAUUCUUAGUAAGAGAGAGAGAGAGAGAAGCGUCUAAGAAACGACAUUCCGUUGAGAAUGGAUUUGUUUUUUCUCCAGAUCGAGAUGAGGAUAGCUAUUGGGUUUUGAUUCUGGUUUUGUAGAGACUUUUUGUUGUUGGGGUCCUUCUUCUGGCUUUUGAAUCUGCUUUUUUUGGAGGGUGAGAUUGUAAAUUAGGGUUUCGUUGGGUUAUUGAUGGAAUCUCGUGUGGGAAACAAGUUUCGCCUUGGAAGGAAGAUCGGUAGCGGUUCGUUCGGGGAGAUCUAUCUGGGUACUAAUAUUCAAACGAAUGAAGAAGUUGCAAUCAAGCUUGAAAGUGUGAAGACAAAACAUCCUCAGCUUCUCUAUGAAUCGAAGUUAUACAAAAUUCUACAAGGAGGAACUGGUGUUCCAAAUGUCAAAUUGUACGGUGUUGAAGGGGACUACAAUGUUUUGGUGAUCGACUUACUAGGGCCGAGUCUUGAGGAUCUGUUCAAUUUCUGUAGCAGGAAACUUUCCUUGAAGUCGGUCCUCAUGCUUGCAGAUCAAAUGAUCAACCGUGUUGAGUAUUUCCAUUCAAAAUCUUUCCUUCACCGAGAUCUCAAGCCAGACAAUUUCCUCAUGGGCCUUGGAAGGCGAGCCAACCAGGUAUACAUCAUCGACUUUGGUCUAGCCAAGAAAUACAGGGAUAGUACAACACAUCAGCACAUUCCGUAUAGAGAAAACAAGAACCUGACAGGAACUGCACGUUAUGCUAGUAUGAACACCCACUUGGGAAUUGAACAAAGCCGAAGGGAUGAUCUUGAGUCUCUUGGUUAUAUCCUUAUGUAUUUCCUCAAAGGAAGUCUUCCAUGGCAAGGACUAAAAGCUGGAAACAAAAAACAGAAGUAUGAGAGGAUUAGCGAAAAGAAAGUUUCCACAUCCAUUGAGGUCUUAUGCCGUGGUUACCCAUCAGAAUUUGCAUCCUAUUUCCACUACUGCCGGUCGCUUCGUUUUGAUGAUAAACCAGACUACGCUUAUCUCAAAAGGAUAUUCAGAGACCUCUUUAUCCGUGAAGGAUUUCAAUUUGAUUAUGUCUUUGACUGGACCAUCUUGAAGUACCAACAGUCACAACUAACCGCUCCUCCGACUCGUAAUCACAACCCUGCGGUUGGUACUAGCGCCGCAUUGCCACCUGGCGUUUCAAACAUUGAUAGAUACACAGGCGAGGAAGAAGGGAGACCGGUUGGUUUCUCGCAUAUGGAAUCAUCUCGACGGAGAGCUUCAGGCACUCUUGACCACUCAGGGAAUCUUUCCAACCAUCAGACAUCAUCAUUUAACAGAGACUCCAUGAUGCCGAGCUCCUCGAUGUUUGCACAAUCAGCAGGAUCGUCGAGGAGAGUAGCUGCAGUGAGUAGCAGCCGAGACAAUCUUCUGAGCGGGGAAGAGUUUCAGAGAAACCGUACAGGUGACGUAAGCCGAGGAGGAGGAGGAGUGAUCUCUAGGAACUCCCCAGUGGAGGCUGGGAAGAGGUCUUCUUCCUCAAGAAGACACUACGAAUCAGCCAUUAAAGGCAUUGAUAAUCUUCAAGUCUCCUCCGACAACAAGUUUCACCACCACCACUAAUAAUGAUAAUAAAUAACACAUUAAUUUGUACUUGCAACCGUAUUGGUCAAACGACCACAGAAGUUUCAUAUUUUUAUUUCGUAAUUACACUACGGAAGUUUGAAUACAGUUGAGUUAAUCUA